AGCCCUACGUACAUUAGUAUGUUUAAUUUGUUUAGCAAUCCUACAACCUCAGUUGACGUACAUCAGCAAAAAUCCAGAUACAUAAACGGAAUGAGGAAGCGAAGUCGAUGGGAACGCCGGGAAACGACGGCGUUUCCGUUAUUGAACACCAAGCAAGGAGGCGAACUCCAUCACAAAAUCUUCUGGAAAACCAGCAACCGAUUCUCCACAUCAUCCCCAAGGGAUUUCUCGGAUCUUCCCCAAGAACUGGUAACCAAAAUCGGUGCGUCGCUCAGCUACGGCAACCUAAAAGCGGCGUCGUUGGUGUGCAAGUCGUGGUGCGACGCGCUUCGGCCGGCGAGAAAGGCCAUGAAGUACAAAGAAUACGAGCGUUGGGGAAAGCAGUUCAAGCAAGGCCUCUGUGGUUUUCUACCUAAUAUACACAAUGCUCUCAAGAUGUUCUUGAAGGCUGCGGAGUACGGAUCAACAAGGGCUAUGGUAGACGCCGGACUGAUAUAUUGGAAGAGAGGCGAGAAGGACAAGGCCUGUGUUUUGUAUCGGAGAGCUGCGGAGCUCGGAGACCGGAAUGCGCAGUUCAAUUUGGGACUUUCAUAUGUGCCAGUUCAACCUCCUCCAGAGGAAGCUAUAAAGUGGUUAUCUCUUGCUGCUUUUCAAGGCCAUGCCGGAGCUCAAUACCAACUUGCACAUUGUCUGCGUCAGGGUGGGAACAUGGAAGAAGCGGCCGGGUGGUGUUUGAGAGCCGCAGAAGGUGGUUAUGUACGUGCUAUGUAUAAUGUAUCCAUGUGCUACAAGUAUGGGGAAGGGUUAGUUCAGUGUGAUCACCAAGCAAGAAAGUGGAUGAAGUUGGCAGCUGAUUGUGGCCACAGUAAAGCUCAAGAUUAUGUACUUCAUCACCAGAAAGUUUACUCCAUCGUGUAA